CGUCUAUAGUAUCAUUUAUAGUAAAACUGCAGCUCACCGCCUGUGCAAAUUAGCAGUGUACCAUUCUGCAAAAAGUAUCAUAACAGAGAGAACACUAUACGCUAAGCUAAUCCACUACAGUAACCCUCUCUGUAUUUUUGCUUUUGUUGUAGUGUGAGAGAGAGAGAGAGAGAGAGAGAGUUUGUGUCACUUUGCAUUUCGUUCCUUUCCUUUUCUCCUUUUUGAUGCAAACUCGACUAGGAGGGCUUAUUUUGCUGCUGCCUGCAUACUUCAGUAUACACAGUUUAAAGUACUCUCUCUCUCUCUCUCUCUCUCUCUCUCUCUCUGAAACUUGUUCCUCUUCAGGCCUUUGAAAAGUUAACAUCACAUUGUGAUAAGUAUCAAAUGUUGCCCUUUCGAGAAGCAGAGGAAGACAGUAAUCCUAAUUUUAGUUGGGGUGUCAAGAAGGGAAAGGGUGCCCUUAACAAGGGCGUCCAAUUUUACAAGUCAUUCACUUAUGAGGGGGUUGACUUCUCCUUAUAUGAUUGUGUGUACAUGUGUCGUCCUGAUGAAGAUGAGCCAGACAUCGGUAAGGUUGUCAAGAUAUGGGAAACAGCCCAAAAGAAAAGGAUGGUUAAAGUUGUAUGGUUUUUCCGUCCCAUCGAGGUAACUCAUUGGUUGUGUAAUAUCAAGCUGCUUGACAAUGAGUUACUCUUGGCUUCAGGAGAAGGCAUAGGGCUUUCAAAUUGUAAUCGUGUGGAAGCCAUCACUGGUAAAUGCAAUGUUGUCUGCAUAUCAACUGAUAGGAGGAACCCUCAGCCAAAAAAUGAAGAUUUGGACACAGCUGACUUUGUCUUUUAUCGCACCUUUGAUGUCAGAACUCGCGAGAUAUCUGAGGAAUUUCCAAAUUCAAUAGCGCAAAUUGAAGUGGAGCACUACUUCAAUAAGGAGACAGAUCAGAAGCAGCCUCUUCAUCAUGGAGGAAAAGGAAGUCUUGAAAAGCCACAAUCAUCAUCUUCAUUUGUAGGAACAACAACUAAAACAGUGGUGAAAGAUGGCCAGUCAGGAAGAAACACUCAACUGAAGAAAGCCACCAGUAGUUCAUGGGAAAGACAGGGAAAUAUUUCUGUGACAAACGGCACUGUUGCCGGAACUGAAGUAAAGUAUUCUUGUUGUAUUUCUCCUACUAGCUUAUCUGAUUCUCAUGCUUUGAAGAAGAAGAAGCUUCUAGACUCUUCAGGUACUGCACCGUUUGAACAACAUAAGGUCAUGCAAUCUAAGAGUCAGGUGACAAAAGUGGUAGAAAAAGGUGGACAAGGCAAUCUUUCUGUGACAGACAAGACUAUUGCCAGAACUGAAGUAAAGCAUUCAUAUUGUACCUCACCUACUAGCUUAUUGGAUUCUCAUGCUUUGAAGAAGAGAAACCUUCAAGAUUCUUUAGGUACUGCACCAUUUGAACAACGUAAGGUCAUGAAAUUUACGAGUCAGGGUGCUAGCACAUGGUUCAAGGAACAGCCAUGGAAUGAAAGACUCCACGUAGCUCAAGAGCGAGGCACACUUGUGUUGCUUGAGAAUCUUGAUCCUUCAUAUACAUCAGCAGAAGUGGAGGAUAUUGUCUGGCAUGCCUUGGAGCAAAAGGUUAGUGCAAAAAUGGUGCAACAUAAUACCUUCUCAAAUCCACUGAAUGGGAAAGCAUUUGUUAUCUUCAAAUCAAGUGAGGGUGCAGAGACUGCCAUUUCUAAAUUGAAAAGGAGAUGCCUUAUGUUAGGUGAUGGAAGGCCAGUUGUUGCUCGGAGAGGAAGUAUAGAGGAGCAAGUGAAAUGUAGUGGCCUUCCUGGCCAUCUAUCCAUUGGUAGAAUCAAAUUUCAAAAGCUAGGAGAAGAAAUGAGAAAAGCAGUAUCAACAUCACACCACUCUCAGAGUAACACAAUCGAACAUGAGAUGGCCGUCGAAUGGCGUGUACUACAGGAAAAGUCGAGCCUUUGGUGGAAAGCUUUACAUGAGAAACAAGCAGCAGAGAUUGAACUACUUAGGAGCAAGUUGAAGACCCCUAUUUGGAACUAAGCCUGUAUAGGAUCUAAACUGUUGUUAAGUUUCACCUAAGAGGAUUGGCAUCAUUUCUUUUCCACAAGGACUCUUUUUGUUGGUUUCCUUGUGUACAAGAGGUAUACACAGAGGGUGUCCCCCUUUUUGGAUAUGGGGUUGCACCUAAGCAUAGAGAAGUACAGAGAUUACAGAUUAGUAUUAUCUGAUGAUAGAAUGCAAUUCUUUUUGUGCAGCACAAUACUGCAUCUUUUGUAGUACACUGUAUUGCUGUGAAUUCGAAAGUUGUAAGCAGUUAGCUAUAGGAAAUUGGUGCGGUUUGACUUUCUUCCCACAUCAUAACAACCAGAUGUUUUUAUUCAAAAUCCAACAUUAAGGCAUUAAUCAUAUAUCUAUAAUCUACUUACGAAAAAAACAUAUAUCUACUUAAUUUAAGUGAAUAGCAUCUCGUAUGGCUGCGUAAAUGCAAAAAAUAAGUUGACAGCAUCGCAUGUUUAAAACUCAAAUGAUAAGCCAGCUUGUGUUCACGAGGAAUCUCUUGCGGGGUAAAAUGUAUGAGGAA